AUCACAUCCCAUCGAUGUCCCCUUCCCCUCCACGGCCCGCCCCUCCCCGUCCCUGCGCACAUAAACCCCUCCAGCGUCCCCCCAUUUCUCCGUCUCCCUCCCUCAGCUCCUCUCCCCGUCCCAUCUCGUCCUAGCCACUCGCGCAACAAUGUCCCAACACGCUACCGUCGCGCUCAAGAGGACCGGCGCAAAGGUCAACAGGGCUACUUGCGCGGACACCGUGUACAAUGCCAUCAAGGCUGGCUACCGUCUCCUCGAUGGUGCCGGCGACUACGGUCUCCGUCGCGCCAUUGCCGACGGCAUUGUCAAGCGUGAGGAUCUCUGGAACACUUUCCACGCCCGUGACCACUACGUCGACCCCGCCCACCGCUACCCUCCCGAGUGGUGGGGCGAUGACAAGAAGGUCACCUCGCCAAGGUUCCCAUGCAGGAGACUGGGGCCCAUGGAAGAACUCGUGGACCUCGGUUUGGCGAAGAACAUCGGUGUCUCGAACUGCCAGGGUUCAAUCCUCCAGGACAUCCUCCGCUAUUCCCGCUACGAGCCCGCCGUCAACCAGGUCGAGCUCCACCCCUACCUGACACAAGAGCCUCUCAUCAAGCUCUGCAAGACCCUCGGUAUUGCGAUCACGGCCUACUCUUCGCUCGGCCCCAAAGCUACCAUCGCGUCGAAGCACUCGAAGACCACUGCGCAGGUCUUGCUCCGCUGGUCCGUGCAGCAGGGCCUCGCCGUCAUCCCCAAGUCGAACAACCACGACCGUCUCGUGCAGAACCUUGACGUCGACCAGUUCACGCUCGGUGAGGACGAGAUCAAGGCGAUCAGCUCUCUGAACAUCAACCUCCGGCUCAACGACCCGGCGGAAAUCGACCCGCGCAUGGCUAUCUUCGCGUGAGAGGGCUGCGCUGAGUGGGAAGAAAGUUAAUAGUGUCUACACUGUGCCAUACACACUUGAUGGAAUGUCUUGCUAGAUUGUGCAAUUAUAUCCUGCUGUUACGAUGCACCAGCGGACUGACAGUGGACACUCGCAGCUGCUCGAGAACAAUGCGCGGAUGAAUUUCCCACUGC